UAAGCACCAUCAUUAACAGUGAACUGCAAGCUGCAAUAAGAAACAUGAAGUUAAUAUUGACGAUUCUGUCCACUGUUGGGAUGUCGAUGGUGUUUGCACUUCCGGCACAUCAUCAUUUCCGCGGUGGAAGAGGCAGUGAAUCAGACAACAAUUCCACCAACAAUGGUUACAACUAUUCGCAACCGGCGGAUAAUUCCUCUGGUAGCCCGCGGUUUGGGUUCAAUCCACCGUCUAACAUCCCAGGUUUCGGAAAUGGACAACAAUCUGGAUUACCAUUCUUUGGCAAUGGUCAAGGACAGAACGGGUUUCCGAGCUUUGGAAACGGCCAACAAUCUGGACAGGGACAGGGUGGUUUUCCGAGCUUUGGAAAUGGUCAACAGAAUGGAGGCUUUCCAUUUAUCCCUAGCAAUGGACAGGGAUUCGGAGGAUUGCCUAAUUUUGGAAACAACCAACAGGGAGGUGAUUUUCCGUUCUUUACAUAAGAUUAAGUAGAGGAUCCUUUGCAGUGGAAAGCCUAAAAGUUUUCAAACUAAAGCAAAAAUGCUCCUGCAGUGCUUUAUCAGGGAGGAAAAAAAAAAACAUACGAAUCACUCAAAUACUUAUUUGAUGAGAAGUUUACUAAAAGAGAUUUUGUGUACAGUAUUUGCGAAAUAUUUGUUCGAAUAAAAAUGUUCUAAAUUUGUUAUAUUGGAA